AUGUCCACUUCCCCAUCUGUAAAGAAAGCAUUGACAGCAUUGCUACGUGAUCCAGGAAACUCUAACUGUGCCGAUUGUAAAUUACAAUCCCAUCCAAGAUGGGCUUCUUGGUCGUUAGGUGUUUUCGUUUGCAUUAAAUGUGCUGGUGUACAUAGAUCAUUGGGGACUCAUAUCACUAAAGUGAAAUCCGUGGAUUUAGAUACUUGGAAGGAGGAACAUUUAGAAAUGCUGAUAAAGAUGAGGAAUAAUGUCGAAGCUAAUAGAUAUUACGAGGCAAACUUGCCUGAUUCCUCUAGUUUGAAAAAUGGCAUUACUGAUACUAAUAAACUGCAAUUAUUCAUCAGAACUAAAUAUGAAUUGAAAAAAUGGGUAGGAACUCCGAGAGAAGUUAGCGAACCACCAAUGUCAACCACCCAUGAACAGGUUGCUAAGUUAUCUCUCGAAUCAACCUCAAAUCCAAAUUCAAAUUCAUCAUCCUUGUUGGACAUUGGCUCCGCUGCAAAGAAAAGUGUCUCUGCUAAUACCAAUUUAAAGAGUACAAGUCUGCUAAAUUUAGCAACACCGUCGAAUAGCACAGAACAUGUGAAGAAGACACAUUCUCAUAAUGAAAGAACUGAUAGAGUUGUAACGCAAAGACCUGAUUUGAAGAAAUCAAUUCUUUCGUUGUAUUCUAAACCAUCAUCAAAUACUAACACAAAUAGCUCAUUCUUCAACAACAACGCUAACAACAACAACAUCAUGUCUUCUGCAUCUACAUCUUCAUUACCAUCAAACCAUUCUGUUCCGACGUUUUCAAACAAUUCUAAUACCACUACUUCCAAUCUAGCAUUUAAUAAUAUGUCUUCAUCGCCAUCUACCAGUAAUAAUAAUCAAAACAAUACUAAUUCAAAUAUCUCAUUGGAAGAUAAUGAUUUAUUCAAGAAUGUUUGGACUUGA